AUGCCUAUGUCACUCGUUAAGAACCAUUGCCUUUGCGGUGCAAUGCAUGUACGGUCUGGAGCACGUUUACUUUCCACGAUUUUCCUGCUACUCGCUGCUGUACAUCUGCUGAAUGCUUUCGGCUUUGUGUCGGGUUAUCCGGGUUCACCCAUCAGUUCCGCCGUCAUUUUCCUCAUAAUCUGCACAUUGGUGUAUGGUGUAUUUGCAGAACGACGAUAUUUCUUGAUACCGUUUCUUGCAGCUAAGGCAUUUCUAACACUUGCAACGGUUAGCAGUUUCUUGAUAUGGGUAGCGCUCCAUGUUGCCUAUAGGGAUAAAGUAUCAGAACAUACGAAAGGCUCACUUCUCAGCUAUAUGGAUAUAGUCGAGUCUCAGAAUAAGAAACCUAACAUGCUCGUGUGCAUUGGGCUGGGGUUCAUUACAAUCGCCUGCUUGCAGAUGUACAUUUUGAAGGUAUUUCUUAACUUUUACUGUUUCCUUCGCGAACGUCAUCAACCUCUUCUAACUGACACUGCACAUUCAAGCCGUUACUCACCAAUAUCUACUACUUCUAGUUCACUUUAUCAAAACUAA